AGCUGUUGUUGGGCAAACCUUCAUAUUCACAUCAGCAACUGGCAGAUGAAGAUGGAGUACCAGAACAUUUCUAACAGCUCUCUGGUCGCCCGUACCUCAGUGGACGAGUUAGUAUCCAGCACUGUUCUGGGAUUGUGCUGUGCUCUGGGUGUACCAGGUAAUAUAGUGGUGCUGGUCAUCCUCACCCAACAUUUGAAGGAGGGCAGUUUUACCCCCAAACUGAUGCUGAGUCUGGCUGUCUCGGAUCUAUUGAGUCUGAUUUCUCUGCCUGUGUGGAUCUAUGCCCUACUGAAUGGCUGGGUUUUUGGUGACGAACUUUGUAAGUUAUUUUCAUAUGUAGUCUACUGUAGCCUUUACAGUAGUGUGCUUUCUGUCACAUUGUUGAGUGUGCAAAGGUACCUGCAGGUGCUGUAUCCACAGAGAUGGGCAAAACUUGGACAGAAGGGCCAAAAGGGGCUGAUUUUUGGGAUAUGGACAUCCAGUGGAGCUCUGGGUUCUUAUGCUCUUUAUUUCCGAAACGUGAAGCAGAAGAAGGACAGGUUUCCAGAGUGUCAUCAGGAUUAUAGAAAUAAUCAAGAAAAACUAGCUGUCUUACUCGUAGAGACUCUAUUGAUGUUUGUUGUGCCUCUCUUCAGCCUGUUGUUCUUCUACCUUCGACUUCAUCAACGGAUAAGUCAGUCAGCUUCCUUCAAAAGCCAAAGGCUGACAAAACUGGCCGUCAGAAUCGUAAUGGCCUUCUUCAUAUUCAGCACCCCCUGUAUGAUCAACAAUUUUGUCUUAAUGGCAUUGUCAUGGGAAUCAGAUGUCAGCAACAAUGUUACCGGGGCUCUUUUCUUCAUCAACAGUUGUGUGAACCCCUUUCUGUACGCCUUCUCGGCCCGUACACUGCGAUGCAGAAGAAAACAGCAUUCAGACGAGCAACAACAUCAGAAUAUAACAGAAAACACACUCUGAUUAAAAACAUGCACUUCCAGGGGUAUUUUAUGUUUUAUUUUUUUAAGUGAUUUCUUAUGCGUUUUUCUUUUUUUAACUUACUGUAUUUAGGGAAGUGCAUACAAAGAGUUUCUUCAUACUCAUUUUCAUCAUAAUCAUUUCCUCAACAUGUCUCCUCAAUUUGAAUACAUUUUUCCUUUUAAAAGUACAUUGAGCCCUACUUUUUACAGGCUUUUCUUACAGUGUUACUUGUGUACUAUUAUAGCUUACUUUGAACUUAACAUUGUGUAUAAAUAUUGGCUCUUAUAACCCAUUGUUCAAGAUUUCCUCAUUUCUAAAUGUUGUGGCAUUUGUGGCAAAAAGUUUUGAAAAUGUACUUUCUUGCAAGAAAAAGGUCAUCAUUCAGGUUUGGCUGUUUCCUUUUAUCGCUCAGCUCAUGAAAAACUCAAGCAUACUGAUGAAGCAUCUAGCGAGGAAAAGUACCGUUUGGUAGAGUAAAUCAAAUAAAGCUAAUAAUUCAAGUAAAAAUUUCAUUUUGUCACCUUCAAAAAAAAAAAAAAAAAAAUCUGUUAAAUGUAUAUAUUAAAAUAAUAAAAUAUUUUUUUUUCUGUAGCAAAAAAAAUAAAUAAAAAAAAUAAAAUAAAAAUGAGUGAAAAUGGUGGUGGUUAGCCUUAAUUAUUCACAUUACCUGGGUUAAUUUCAGCUGGGAGCGGGGGUGGUGGUAAUUAUGCCUUGUAAAUAAAAUUUCAUACAUUCUGUUUUUCCAUAUUCUUUGCUAAUGACAUGAUAAUGAAAUGUGAGAACAUAUGGCAUUGUGACUCCUUUCAUAUUUCAUACUCUUCUGCCAUUUUGGAGUUUACACACAAUAUGCAGACAUGUUAUAGGUCCGAUCUACCACUACAUACAGGAAAUACGUGGCAUGGAUAUAAUAAAAUCCAUACAAAUAAAUCACAAAUUCUUUAUGAUAUUAGUAGUUAAUUAUAAAAGACCCGAGUUGUUGUUAA